AUGAGUGAGCCUCCUCGAGUGGCAGUUAUUGGGGCUGGUAUCAGUGGAGUGGUCACUGCUGGGCAUCUUCUGGCUGCUGGAAUUGAAGUGACUGUUUUCGAGAGAAACAAUGCAGCUGGUGGGGUUUGGCUUUAUGAUAAGCGUGCUCCGAUUGAAGCCCAGUACCCAUCACCAAGACCAUCUGCUUCACAAGAAUAUGUAAAGGAUGCGAGGGAAGGAAAUGAAAGAAAGAUCUUGCUUCAUGCACCUCCAGGGCCUUGUUAUGAAAGUCUCACCAAUAAUGUCUCAACUCCCUUACUACGGACGACACUCAACGCAUGGCCAGAAGGGACUGCUCCUUUUGUGAAGCAUCAUGUGCUCAAGGAUUAUAUCCAAGAUACGUCGAGCAAGGCCGGUGUUGAUGAUAUAACCAAGUUUGGCGCCCGAGUCACCCGAGUUCAUAAGGUCGGGCCAACGUGGACAGUUCACUGGAGCACUUUGAGUGAAGAUCAAGAUUCCGUUGAGAAUGAGGAAUCUGCAACAUUUGACUCUGUCAUUGUUGCCUCGGGUCAUUAUCAUACACCUCUCGUCCCGAAUAUCCGGGGUCUACCUGAAGCAAAAGCUCGAUGGCCCGAGAGGAUCUUCCAUUCAAAAUCUUUCCGAAGGUCAGAAGGAUUUAAAGGAAAGAAUGUACUAUUGCUCGGUGGAGGCGUCUCUUCUCUUGAUAUAGCCACUGAAAUCAGUGGAACCGCAGACCACGUGUAUCAAAGCACUCGAAAUGGCGCCUUUGAUCUCCCUGAGAGUGCACUCCCAGAAAACGCCUCAAGAAUUGCCGAGGUCGAAGCAUUUGAACCUUCUACAUCAACAUCCGCAAACAACGAGCACUUGCCCUUAACCAUACAUCUCAAAUCUGGGGAAACCUUGCAGGAUAUAGAUACAAUCAUUCUUUGUACAGGAUACCAAAUGGCACUUCCAUUCCUCGACGAAUAUAACGAUUACGGUUUGUCUGCCGCCGAUGCAAAUGACAGGGUGCUUGUUACAGAUGGCACUCAAGUCCACAACUUGCAUCAAGACAUUUUCUACAUCCCAGAUCCCACGCUCGCGUUUGUCGGAAUUCCUUUCUACACUGCGACAUUCUCUUUAUUCGAGUUCCAAGCUAUCGCCGUGGCAGCCUUCUUGUCUGGAGUUGCGCAGCUUCCAUCUACUACGACUCUUCGGACGGAAUAUGAGAAUCGCAUUAAAGCGAAGGGGCUUGGACGGAGCUUCCAUUCACUCAAGGACAGAGAGCAACCUUACGUCGAGGAGUUGAUUGGAUGGGUCAAUACUGGAAGAGUUGAGCGUGGUUUGCCUUUGAUUGAAGGUCAUACUCAGACCUGGAUUACAGAGAGAGCGGCUUUGAGCGAGAGACUUAAGUUGAUUCUGGCAGGGAAGCUUUCUCGGGCAGAUAUUCUCAAAAGCCCAUUGGAGGUGGGAGUGACUGCGUGA